UCGCCUUAUGGUCCUGACAAAGUGUUGUUAUUUUUUGGGUCGAUCAGAAAUCCAAUAGGAGAGUUCGCCACAUUAGAUCGUGACGUAAUUCUGACGCAUGCGCACGGAAUUGGUUGGCAAGAACCAUUCAAUAAAUCAUGGCUGACAAAUCACUUACACCUCCGUCUUCCCUUAGCGAUUUAUCUAAGUAUGCGACUUCAUUACCAACUGAUGCUAAACUCAGGUAUUCUACAAAGCUUUUGUACAACAAUGGGACAGAGAAAUUACCAGAUCCUUAUGCAUUGACCGAGAAAUGGGACCCGAACCCUAGCACCUGGCCAGAUCUCACCUUCGGCGAUAUUUACCUGUAUUUGAUUGACACACCUUCCAUUUACACCAAGGAGUCUAUGAAAGCGUACAAGUCACUAGAUGCAUACAUGUAUGUAGUUAGUGGACAUGUGCAGGAGAUUUCCUCACACCAAGUGUUGGAUAAUUGUCCCUUCAUCGCAUUGAAGGCGAAAGUUACACCAUCCCAGAGAGCAAGAGAUAAACCACAUCAGCCAUGGAAGAACACUGGAACAGUGUACUGUGCUCACUGUACUUGUAUGGCAGGCUUGGGCGAGGUAUGCAGUCAUGUGGGUGCCCUCCUAUUUAAAGUUGAAAUGGCAGUAAAGAUGGGUCUUACGCAAACAAGCUCCACCAGCAAGGUGUGUCAGUGGAAUAACACAUUCCGUCGAGAGGUUACACCCACAACUGUCACCGACAUAUUCCAGAGCAUAAAGGGGAAAAGAACUAAAGAAGUCCAGUCAGUCCAGGCCAGUGGAUCAGCUACCCUGCCAUCAAAACAACUCCUUGACCAACUGUUUGCCAUUGUCCCAGAGGCAUCAUUUUUCACAUCAAUUAAACCAUCUAUCAAUAACCAACCACAGAACAGCCCCACCCAGGACAAGUACCCUCAACUGUUGUCCACCCUACAACAACCACAUUACAACCCAGAUGAUAUCAACGUCAUAUGCUCAAAUACAUACACAGCGUAUAACAUCACUCCAUCCCAAGCAGCCAAUUUGGAAACAGCCACUAGAGACCAGUCCGUUAGUCCCCUAUGGUUCCAACACAGAAUGGGCAGAGUCACCGGUUCUAAGGCGCAUGAUGUUUUGACACGGAAGUCAACAACAAAACCAGACAAUCUUGUUAAAAGAAUAGCAGGUUAUGCAACAUAUGACCUGUCGAAGAAGGAAGCAGUGAAGUGGGGUAUUGACCACGAGGAAGAAUGUAGGCGUGCAUACCAACAUCACCAACAGAAGGGCCAUGCAAGCUUCACAUGUGAGGACUCUGGUUUUGUUGUAAAACCAGCACACCCAUUCCUUGGUGCCAGCCCCGACGGCAUCGUCAGCUGCCAGUGCUGUGGUAAAGGAACAGUAGAGAUAAAGUGUCCUUACAAACAUCGGGAUAUAACUGUGCAAGAAGCUGCUAUCAAGGACAAGGACUUCUGCCUAGAUGCCACACUGAAAUUGAAGAAAAAACAUAGGUACUUCACUCAGAUUCAGAUGCAGAUGUUUGUCACCAAUUGCCACUACACUGACUUUGUCGUCUACACCAAGUGCCAGCCGGCAGCCAGUAUGGUCAUCGUUCGUGUUCUGGCAGAUGAUGACUUCAUCAGUACUUUGAUAGAAACAUGUGAAGACUUCGUUAAGACAUUUGUUAUUAGGGAACUUAUAACAAGGCACUUUGAAAAUGAACCUGUCCAGAACAAAAACAACAAAGUUAUGAGCAAGGAUGAUGCCCAAACUGCAACUUGGUGCAUUUGCAGCGAACCAGAGUAUGGCCGCAUGAUAAAAUGUGAUGAUAAUGAGUGUCCCUACGAGUGGUUCCACUAUCGGUGUGUUAACAUUCGUCGUAAACCUCGAGGACAGUGGUUUUGUACUAGUUGUGAACCGUAGAUUUUCAGCAUGUGAAAAAAACACAAAGACUUGGACUGUAACUUUAGUUUGUAGUUUAAUCACAUAAUUCAGAGACAUUACAUGUUUAAAAACCAAGUAUUAAAUAAUUGUAUUCAUUGCAUUGUGAACAUAUCUAUGCAUAGAUGUGUAGUGCCAAGAAAGAAGCACCAGCUUUUUAUUAUCUCCCAUGAUAUGGUUGUAUUUUUAAUUUAUAUUUUCUCAUAACAAUAAACAUAAAUAAUAAUUAAGUUAUUCCAUUUCUGUUAGAUGUAUCUACUUGCCAGUACAAAGUAUUCUUUUGUGUUAACUGUUGUAUGUUUGUAACAUACAUGUAGAGUUCAAAAAAAUGAAACAAAUAAUUGUUCACACGUUAUUGUUAAAACAAAGAAAUAUUUGCUCAUAGAUACAAUAUUGAUGUGUAGUGAAUAAAAGGGUCACAUGGAGAUUACCAUGUAGUCUGAAACAAUGCAGAAUAUGUCUUAGUAAAUUUAUUUGUACCACAUAUUAAAGAGAAUGCAUAUCUUUCUGAGAUAAAUAGCAAGGAAUACAAAGAAAAAGUCAAUAAACUACAUUUUACAUAAUUCACAAAGAACAAGUGGGCAAUUGAUUGAUGUAUCGGAAACUAAAACCAACAUACAUGUCCACAUCUCAAGCCACUAACUUUGGCUGCAAAUUUGCAAUUCCAGAACAAAUUGUCACUAUACUGUCUGCAUGAGGUACCAUACACAUACUCAUGUUAGUACUGAGAAUUCUAAAGUUCUUCAAACGUUCAAUGGCCCUCUCAACAUGUAUACGAACAUGUGCAAUUUUGCGUGUCAGUUCAACCUCUUUGGCACUAAGUUGGGAUUUCCCCCUUGUGAAUGCUGGAAUAACCAGUGUUGCACCAUGAUUUGCUAACUCCUCUGAAAUCAGAAAACCACGGUCCGCCAAAACUUGAUCCCCAUGUUGAAGUUUGUCAAGGUAACCACUGCGUUGGGUUAUGACUUUGUCCGAUGUCCUACCACCAAAUGCUUUCGACACAUAA